GCAUAGUUGGUAGUUUGUUCAAUGUUCGGCCAACAACAUGUCUGCCCUACGCCCUUUGAUAUCGAAACUAAAGAUUUGCACAUUUUGCACAUCAGUUCUUCGACAAACCUCAGUGCCGAAGUCGACAUUUUUGAGAACAUCAGCAUUAUUGAAGAGAUUCCAGUCCAGUUCAGCUGGUGGCAGCCAUGUCGAAGCAGAAAUGCCUACACAGUUUGAAGUGUCAUAUGAGGACUUCAAGCACGUUGAGCCUCUGCUCCCGUCAUCUGUUGUACCCCCAGUACCAGAGCAUGAGAUGUACCCAACAUCCUCUGGAUGGUUCCCUCCUAAUGAUGAGCUGAGAAGCCAGCAGAAGUACACAGUGCUACGUACCAAGAACCACAUGCUGCCUGUGUAUGCCAAGGUCCAGCACAGGGAACGCAGGACGCAACAUCUGGUCACCAUCAAGAGAAUCGAGGGAGAUAUAUGGGCACUCGAGGCAGAGUUGAGGGACUUCUUGGAAAAGGAAACAGGUGGAGAAAUAAUUCGAACCCAAGUGCAUGAGGUGGCAAGGCUAAUCCGUGUCAGAGGGCUCUAUGCCCCUCUUAUCGCUGACUUUUUACUGAAGAGAGGCAUGUGAUGAUGCUUAGUUUUUUUAUGAUGUGUAGGAAGUGUUAUUGAUGGUCUGUAACUAUUUGUGAGAAGUACAGUCAGGCAUGGAGAACCCAAACAUGAACAUGUCAAGGAUUGACAAAUGUGUUCCACACAGUAAUAAUUCAGGUUAAAGAAAUAUCCGUUGGGGAAUGGCGAAUUCAACGAGCUAUCUAUUAUUUCUUGUUUUCCGUGUUCGUGUUAUCUGUUGCCGACUGUACUUUAUUUAGUAUUGUGCAUUAAAACUUGUGUUCUUGAAUGGGACGUACAUGACCUGUGUAUCUGGGAGAGAAUGUGUUGAGAGUUGUUCUAGAUCCUGUUAGUUAAAGUCAAAAGUUUGACUGUGUGAUGAAGUAUAAUUUGCUUGUUUCGGGGGUAUGAACUUGCUUUUCUAAGGUGAUAACUGAUUAAACAUUUUUUUUUUCCAA